UAUCGAUUAAUUUCGAUCAAUUUGUUACCAUACAAAUUUUUCUUAUUUUAUAUUAUUAAGUGAAAUGAAUAUGUGGGACGAGAUUCCAUUUAUAGACGAAGAUGAGCCGAUUGCUAGCCGUUCGUCAGGAAUCAAAAGAAAACGAGAAACACCUUACGAUGCUACACUGAUAGUAGAGCGAGAAAAAUGGGAAAGAUGGCUAAGUAACUGGUCGUUUUUUGCAAAGAAACAUGGAAAAGAGAUAACAAAAAGUUGCAGAAAAGGAAUACCAUCUUUAGUGAGGGGACGAGCAUGGCUACAUCUUUCCGGCGGUCAGUCCCUUUUGGAGAACAAUCCUCCAAAUCAAUUCAAAGCGUUGUUGAAGCAAGCAGUCGAAAAUCCGGCAGUCACCAGAAAUAUACAAAAAGAUCUGCACGCACAGUGGCCAUUUUAUGAGUCUUCUGCUGGCAGUGGACCUGACCCACGAGAACUUUUUUCUGUUUUGCGGACUUAUGCUGUUUUCAAUGGCAAGCUCAAAUAUCAUGAGGGCCAGGGAUCGAUCGCUGCUUUUCUUCUCAUACACAUGCCCAUUGACCAAUCCUAUUAUUGCUUCAUCAGCAUUUGCGAUAAGUAUGUCUGCAAAUAUAACAGUGGUGAGGAAGCUGUUCAACGGGAUGGAGAUAUCUUGAUGGAGUGUCUACGAUACGUCUCACCGAUUGCCUACUCCCAUCUCAAAAGAUUCGAAAUUCUACCGAAAUUUUUCAUAAGUGAUUGGUUCACGGGCUUAUACACGCGAACGCUGCCACUGAAAAGUUUGCGUCGUGUCUGGGACAUGUUUCUCUGCGAGGGAGCCAGCGUGAUCUUCAAAGUUGCACUCGCAUUGAUGAAAGGUUGCCUCGGAACUGAAGCAUUGACACAAAGUUAUCCUACGAUGGGCGAAACUAUCAGAGUGUUAAGAAAUCUGCCUGAUGACGUGAUCAAUGAAAAGGCUCUGGUGUCUGAGAUUGAAAAGUUGAACCCGACGUUAAAUUUGAAAACGAAAGAAGAAGAAAAAUGGAAACAGUGGCUAAGCAUUUGGCCGUUUUAUCAAGAAACCCAUGGAGAAGAAAUAAAAGAAAGUUGCAGACAAGGAAUACCAGAAUCAGUGAGAGCACAAGCGUGGUUGUAUUUCUCUGGAGGUCAGUUGCUCAUGAAGGCAAAACCAAAACUGUUUCAGCUGUUAGUAAAGAAAGCCGGAGAUCCGAAAGUCAUUGAGGAUAUAAGAAAGGAUCUUCCCAGACAAUCUCGAUAUCUUGCAAAGAUAUCGCACAACCUACUCGGAGAAAAAAAUCUUUUUGAAAUAUUAAAGGGUUAUUCCAAUUACAACUCGCAAAUCGGGUAUUUUCAAGCCCAAGCACCCAUCGCCUCUUUUCUUCUUACGCAAAUGACCUCCACUGAAGCUUUCUGCUGCUUCACUGUUAUCUGUGAAAAGUAUCUCAAUGACUAUGCUUUCUCAAACCCAGCGAUCUUCGAACUAGAUGGAUCUAUAUUAAUGAAUCUUUUAAAAAAAGUUUCAAUUACCGCCUACUCUCAUCUGGUAGACCAAGAGGUUGUGCCGGACAUAUUCAUAACCGUUAUGGCUACAUGGUUCACGGGUUUGUAUACACGAACGUUGCCAUACAAAAGUGCAAUUCGUGUCUGGGACAUGUUUCUCUGUGAGGGAAACAUUGUUAUUUUUAAAGUUGCAGUUGUAUUGAUAAAGAAUUGCCUUGGAACUGAGGCAUUGACAAAACGUUAUGCUACAAAGGUGGAUAUUUUCCAAGUAUUACAAAAUCCACCUGAUCACAUCGUCGAGGAAAAUGCUCUAGUUUCUGAGAUUCAGAAAUUGGAUUUUGACGACGCAUAUGAGGAUUAUGCAGAAAUCAGGGAUAAAGAAGCACCAACAUUAAGAGAGCAACCUAUCUGGUGAAAAAGCUUGUUACGUCCAAUUCAAUGUGAAUUAAAAAUAAAGUUAUCAGUGCAUCAUU